AUUCCGCCCCCACCCUCCUAAAUUCCUUGUGUUAAACCCGCCGCUCCCAGCCCACAUGGACUCCGCCUCCGCCUCCUCCUACAAGCUGCAGCUCGCCGUCGCGGCCCUCGUCGGCGCCUCCGCGGCCGCCGCCUCCGCCUACUACCUGCACUGCCGCGCCGUCGCGCGGCUCGGCGGCGACAUCGUGCGCUCAUCCGCCGCCAACGCCAAGACCGGCCGGCAGCAGCGGCGGCGCCAACGCGACGCCGGGAGCAAGCCUCCUCCGCCGCGCCGCGCGGCCCCGGGGUCCUCCUCGCUCCCCGACCUCUCCUCCAUCUACGCCGCCGGCGGCGUCGCCAGGGGGUACCCCGUGGGGGAGGAGUACGACGACGACGAUGAGGGAGGGGUGGGGCCGUACCGUGACGACGCGCUCGUCGCCGCCGCCGCCGUCUGCUGCAUGCAGAUCCCCCAGGGUUUGCCGAGGCUGCAAGUGGGGCCCGAGGGCAAUAAACAAAUUGUUCGUUCAAGUUCAAGCAGACGGGUUGGAUUAAUCAGGCCAAAUUCACCCAAGUCCCCUGUUGCUAGUGCAAGUACUUUUGAGAGUAUAGAGGGGUCAGAUGAGGAUGUCGCUAGCAAGGUCAAUGGAAAACUUGAUAAUGGCCACCCGAACACAAAUGGAAAUCUCCAGGAGGGAGAGCACAAAGGAAAUGCAAUUACGGAAAAUGGGGCUGCAACACCAUUACCUGCAAAAGGCAUGCCUCGGCCUCAUAGUAUAUCCAAUGAUCUUCAUGGGGUUCAACCUGAUCCAGUUGCUGCAGAUAUUCUUCGAAAAGAACCUGAGCAAGAAUCAUUUAUCAAGCUGUUAACUGCUCCACAUGAGAUUCCAUCUCCUGAUGAAAUAGAGGUCUACAAAAUCCUUCAGAAGUGUCUUGAGUUAAGAGAUUGUUACCUUUUUAGAGAAGAGAUUGCUCCGUGGGAGAAGGAGGUCAUAAAUGAUCCCUGCACACCAAAACCUAAUCCAAAUCCAUUCACUUUUGUGCCUGAACCAAAAUCAGAGCAUGGUUUCCAAAUGGUCGAUGGUGUUGUUCAGGUCUAUGCUGAUAAAGACUGUACGGAAAGGAUUUAUCCUGUUGCUGAUGCUACAACCUUUUUCACUGACUUGCAUUAUGUUCUCCGGGUGACUGCGGCGGGAAACACAAGAACUGUCUGCCAUAACCGGUUGAAUCUUCUAGAGCAUAAGUUCAAAUUUCAUCUGAUGUUAAAUGCGGAAAGGGAGUUUCUUGCCCAGAAAACUGCACCACAUCGUGAUUUUUACAAUGUUAGGAAGGUUGACACUCAUGUUCACCACUCAGCAUGCAUGAAUCAAAAACAUUUGCUGAGGUUCAUAAAGUCCAAAUUGAGAAAAGAACCUGAUGAGGUUGUCAUUUUCAGAGAUGGUACUUAUAUGACUUUGAAGGAGGUUUUUGAGAGCUUGGACUUAACUGGGUAUGACUUGAAUGUUGAUUUGCUAGAUGUCCAUGCAGACAAAAGUACAUUUCAUCGUUUUGACAAAUUCAACCUUAAAUACAAUCCAUGUGGCCAAAGUAGGCUCCGUGAGAUUUUCCUUAAGCAGGACAAUCUAAUUCAAGGACGUUUUCUUGCUGAGCUGACGAUGCAAGUUUUUUCUGACCUUAAUGCAAGCAAAUAUCAGAUGGCUGAAUAUAGGAUUUCAAUCUACGGGAGGAAGCAAAGUGAGUGGGACCAACUUGCGAGUUGGAUAGUAAACAAUGAAUUGUACAGUGAAAAUGUUGUUUGGCUGGUUCAGAUUCCACGCUUAUAUAAUGUGUACAAGCAAAUGGGCAUUGUUACAUCAUUUCAAAAUCUUCUUGACAACAUUUUCCUUCCUCUGUUUGAGGUUACUAUUGAUCCAUCUUCACACCCGCAGCUUCAUGUCCUCCUAAAGCAGGUCGUAGGGUUGGAUUUGGUUGAUGAUGAGAGUAAACCUGAAAGACGCCCAACUAAGCACAUGCCUACACCUGAACAAUGGACGAAUGUCUUCAACCCUGCAUUUUCAUAUUAUGCCUACUACUGCUAUGCUAACUUAUACACCCUGAACAAGUUGCGUGAGUCAAAGGGGAUGAACACUAUCAAAUUCCGUCCGCAUGCUGGCGAGGCUGGAGACGUUGACCACUUGGCAGCGACAUUUCUUCUUUGUCACAGUAUAUCACACGGAAUCAAUUUGAGGAAAUCUCCUGUGCUUCAGUAUCUGUACUAUCUGGGUCAGAUUGGUCUGGCAAUGUCCCCACUAAGUAACAACUCCUUGUUUCUUGAUUACCAUCGGAACCCUUUUCCUGUGUUUUUUCAACGAGGACUGAAUGUGUCGCUAUCCACGGAUGAUCCAUUGCAAAUUCACCUGACAAAGGAACCAUUGGUGGAAGAAUACAGCAUUGCUGCUUCGUUGUGGAAGCUCAGUGCUUGUGAUUUAUGUGAGAUUGCGCGGAAUUCUGUGUAUCAGUCAGGGUUUUCACAUGCUCUCAAGACACAUUGGAUUGGCAGGAACUACUACAAGAGAGGCCCUUCAGGAAACGAUAUCCACAGAACGAAUGUGCCCACCAUCAGGAUUGAAUUUAGGGACCUGAUCUGGAGAGACGAAAUGCAGCUAGUCUACCUUGAUAACGUCAUCUUACCUGACGAGGUGGACCAGUAAGAGGCCCCUAGGUGUAUAUGCUGCAGUCAUCGUGGGGAAGAAACACUCUUUUGGGCGCACCUCAUGAUGGACAGUUCCGCAAGGUCGUCGGAGCUCCUGCAGACAAAACCUACAACUAAAAUAUCAUCCCCAAUAAAAGUGGAAGAAGACCUAUAAAAUAAUGCCUACACAGGCGUGGAGCAACAGAGCGGCUUAUAUGUGCUAGAUUAGCGUUACAGGGAGGCAAGUGCACAACUGCUUGGUGUAACUGUCGCCCUUCUCGUCUGUAAAGGAUUGUGUAAUUAGCAAACAAUGUUGUACUCCGACUGUUAUGACACCGCUGCGAAUAAAGUGAUGCUGCCUGUUCUUGCUCCCAGAAUAAAUAUGCCGAAAGGGCUGGUUUUCUC